CGACUCUACGAACUUCCUCCGUGUUAUUUCGAUCUCACACAACUCAAUCACAAUGGCCACCUCUAUUCGAUCCAUCCGAGCUCUCGCUCCCCUCCUUGACCGUGUCCUGGUCCAGCGUGUCAAGGCCGAGGCCAAGACCGCCAGCGGCAUCUUCCUGCCCGAGUCCAGCGUUGAGAAGCUCAACGAGGCCAAGGUUGUGGCUGUCGGCCCCGGUGCCCUCGACAAGAAGGGCAACCGAUUGCCCAUGGGUGUUGCCAUUGGUGACCGCGUCCUGAUCCCCCAGUUCGGUGGCUCGCCCGUCAAGGCCGGUGAGGAGGAGUACCAGUUGUUCCGCGACAGCGAGUGAGUAACCGCCUAGCUUCCAAGCCACUCGCAUGAUCCCCGACCCAUAAUCACGAUACUAACGAAGAAUCUCUCUGUAGGAUCCUGGCCAAGAUUAACGAAUAAGAUACCCCCGAUCCACGUUGGGCCAGAGUGUACCAUACUGUACCAUAGC